AUGGAAGAAACAACAUCAACUAUCAUCAUGGCUGCACUCUCCACCCUCACCACUUCCCAAUUCUCAGAUCUCACUCACUCCAUUCUCUCCACCACCCACCACCACCAUCGCCGCCUCGCCUCCCUCCUUUCUUCCCCAACGCUCUUCUCGCUAACCCUCCACCACCUCCACACCCUUUCCCUCCCCCAGAAAACCCUCCUCAUCGCCCGCCAUCUCCUCUCCUCCCUCCACCUCCUCACCGCCACCUCCCCGUCGCCAUCCACGACCACGAGGCAGCGCGACCUCGACGCAGCUCUCCUCCUCCUCCUCCUCUGCGAAACGCACAACCACAAUCCACAUGCCCUCGAGGCACCUUUUUCCCAAUGGAGGGUCAACCUCAGCACCAUAUUCUCCGAUUCAUUGUUGACGUUUUCCUUUGCACCCCUAGGGGCAUGCAUGGGCUCGCCGGUGCUGAUUCCCUUCGUUGAGACCGUGACGCGGUGCUGGAGACUCGUCGGCACGCUGGAUUGCGGCGGAGGAAAGGAAUUGGACGAGGUGGCGGCGUCGGCUGCGGCGGUGGUGGCGCUGCCCUCGGUGGAGGUGAGGGCCGGUGGGAGAGAGUGUGUGAUCUGCAGAGAGGAAAUGAGAAUAGGGAGGGACGUGUGCGAAUUGCCAUGUCAGCACUUGUUUCAUUGGAUGUGUAUCUUACCGUGGCUGGGGAAGAGGAACACGUGUCCUUGCUGCAGGUUUAGGUUACCGUCCGAUGAUGUCUUCGGAGAGAUCCAACGCCUGUGGGAAGUCUUGGUUAAAACGGCUGCAAAAUAUUCAUAG